UCACGGCACUCCUCGUGCGUGUGUUUUGCAUAUGCUUGCAGAGAGUCUAGGCAGAAAGCGAGCAAAUAGUAAAAUAAUUUGUUUCAUUGAGGGCUUUGCUCCCGAAUGCAGCGCUCAUUUUCGCAAGGCAAACGAACCUUAUCGUGAUCCGUGUGCUACAUCCAAUUGAUCCUGGAAUAUACACCAACAGCUGGGUUUUGUUGGCCGGAUUUGAAUUUUAUUAUUCACCAUUGUAAUUGAGAACAUUUCCCAGUGCUGGUUUUCAACAGUGUUGCAACCAGUAGAGACGAGCACUAUGGUGCUUCAGUUUAAGAUGUCAAUCCACACUGUACUGUCAUUGGUCAUCUGCUACUAUGCACUCACCGGUACUACAAUGAUGAGUUGUCCAGCGACAUGUUCGUGUAGUGGUGCACCUAGUUACACUGUAAAUUGCUCCAAUCGCAGCUUAACAAUGGUGCCUGGUGGAAUACCGAACACAACAAUGACUCUAUUUUUGAACGAUAAUCAGAUCCAGACUCUAAGUGACGGUGUGUUCUCUGGUCUACCAAACCUCCGAGAACUAUUUUUGUACACUAAUCAGAUCCAGAAUUUAAGUGACGGUGUGUUCUCUGGUCUAACAAACCUCACAGCACUAUAUUUGAACGAUAAUCAGAUCCAGAAUUUAAGUGACGGUGUGUUCUCUGGUCUACCAAACCUCCAAAUACUAGGUUUGAGCUAUAAUCAGAUCCAGAAUUUAAGUGAUGGUGUGUUCUCUGGUCUACCAAAUCUCUUCUUUGCCCUGUAA